AUGGCGAGAGGGUACUUUUUGACAUUCCUUAGAAACCAUUCAUUAGAUCCAGGAGGACAAUUCCAGUUUGCAGUAGCGCAGUAUGAUCCUCUACUAUAUAUUACUAUACAACCCCGGUAUUCAAUAUUUUUGGAUAAUGAGGGCGAAGGAUCUUUAAUCGUUGAUGCUAGCAUAUCUCAUGUCUUCGGCGGAUCAUAUCGAAAUGCUACCUAUGAUGUCCCUGGAAGCAAUAUCAGCUCGCCUUUCAUGACCCUUGAUAUUAAGAUUUACAAUGAGGAGUCAAGUGCUCUACUGAUCACCAAGAAAGUUCCAGUAAAUACAACAGGCAACCUAAUUAGCUUCUCUUUCUCGUCGUUCCCAGCACGAUUAGAGCCUUAUCCAGUCUCGAUUUACGCUACUUCCCCUGAUGGUCAACAAUCCUAUACCGCAAGCACCAGUGUCUACGUACUGCCAUCACGGGACUAUGGUAGUGCUGUGAAAAUUGACAAUCUCUAUGGAGGACUUUAUGUUCAAAAUGACAAGAAUGAUUGGAAUGGCUGGUAUGCUGUCUUCCCUAAUGGAUAUUAUGCGGAUGGAUCGUAUAUAACUCCCGACAAUGUCUCGCUCGCCAACCUCGAAGCAUACGCUGCACUGGGUUUCAACACUAUAAACAUCGUUCCAGAUGGUGGCCUUCCAGAUCAAUCUUAUCCCACGGCACAACUCAUAGAGUAUUGGGAUAAAAUGGAUGAAUUAAACCUCUUCAAUCUUUAUGACAUGCGUUUCGCAUUCCAAAACUCGACACGCAUCUCAGAACAAGUAGCUCUCUGGCAACAUAGAACCACCCUUCUGUCGUGGUAUACUGCCGAUGAGCCAGAUGGAUGGGUAUAUCCCCUCAAUUCUACCCAACUUGCCUACAAGCAAAUUAAAUCCCUCGAUCCAUAUCAUCCCGUCAGUCUCGUGCUAAACUGUCAAAACUUCUACUACCCGGAAUAUUCAGCCGGUGCCGAUAUCAUCUUCCAAGAUGCAUAUCCAGUGUCAAUAAAUGCAACUUGGUCUGUUUCGUGGAAUACACCUUGUAAUGAAACAUAUGGAGAUUGUGGGUGCGACAAUUGUGUAGGAGAGUUAGAAGAUGUAUCUAAUCGGCUCGACGACAUACAAAACUAUCAAGCAAAUAUAGGACCAGGUAGUCAAGGUGGUUUGGACAAACCUACGUGGUCAGUAGUACAAGCAUUUGGUGAGUCGCAGUAUUGGCAAAGGGUACCAAAUGCAGAGGAAGUGAAAGUCAUGAUGAUGUUAAGUGUGAACCAUAAUGCCAAGGGUAUUACGUACUGGAUCUAUCCGAGUACGGAUUCAGUAAAUGUUGGUAGUGCGGCGCUGGGAAAAGUAUUGCAGAAUGGACCUGCUAUUGAUUUUCUGUUUGGCACAAAUUCAAUCAAGGGUUUGGGAAGUGGGUUGCUGGAUGUAAGUGCGUGGAUAGUGGGAGAACAGAUGAUGAUUGGAAUAGUUAAUGGGGAAUAUGUUGAUUCCAAAGCCGAGGUCACGAUACGUUUACCGGGGAAUGUGGUGUCAGUGAAUCAAACAUUAUAUGGAGAUUCAAGCUGGAGUGUUAGUGAAGGCAGAUUGUCGAAAUUGGGUCUGAGUGCCUUGGAAGUAGAUAUUUUGGUUGUGAAUCUUAGUUAG